AUGUCUACAGAUAGCUUCGACACUUACAAUGGCAGACACGACACCCUGGCACUUGAUCGCAGAGUCUCAGGCGAGACAUUACGCGAGACCCUACCAAACCAAGCCGAAUCUAUCCUCGAAGAGCGAAAACGCCCAAGCGACACCAGCAACCCCAAGCAGCUCAAGUAUCUGGCCAAGAACCCGGAGUGUAUUGACUGUCCCUUCUGCCAUGAGCGCGCUUUGUCCAGGGUCGAGACGAAGAGUAACGUGGGCGCUGCGUAA